AUGUCUAGUAUCUUUGACGUCAGAACGACCAAAAAUUGUGCGUCGAUCGAGGCAGAUAGAGCCUCGUUCAAAAAGGAUGAGGUGCCUAACCUCUACCCGGUGUACAGUUAUUUUUCCACUGAAUAUCUAUCUCCACAUUUGGCCUACCUUAAAUUGGCAAGACCUGGUGACAAAACGGUGAAAAGAACUCCUUCCUUCUUGUUUGAAAGUACCACAAACAGCGAGCAAGUUGACAGAUUCUCGUUUAUGGGUGUCAAUCCCCGGAAAAUCAUUGUGACCGGUCCACUUGCAGGAAAAGAGGUUGAUCCUCUUACUGUUCUUGAAAAAGAGCUGAAAGAUAUUCGGCAGGCUGAUCUUCCCGGUAUUCCAAAGCUUAGUGGUGGAGCCAUUGGUUAUAUUUCGUAUGAUUGCAUAAAGUACUUCGAGCCAACGACAAAGAGACCUUUGAAAGAUGUCUUGAAACUUCCAGAAGCAGCGCUGAUGCUUUUUGACGAAAUUGUUGCAUUUGACGACGUUUUUCAAAGAUUCCAGGCCAUCUACAAUGUGCACGUGGACAUUUCGGACUCAAAAGAAGUUCUUCAGAAGAGAUAUGCCCUUGCUGAGAAGGAGUUGAGAAGAAUAGAGUCUGUUUUAAUCGACCAUAAGAGUCCAAUUCCUUACCCUCCACAACCUCCGAUCAAGCAGGGUAACACAUUCAAAUCUAACAUUGGUGAGGAUGGAUAUGAGCACUUUGUCAAAGAGCUCCGGUCACAUAUCAUCAAGGGUGACAUUAUCCAGGCGGUGCCAUCCCAGAGAGUUGCCAGACCUACAUCUCUGCACCCAUUUAACAUCUACAGACACUUGCGGACCGUUAAUCCAUCUCCGUACAUGUUCUACAUGGAUUAUCUCGACUACCAGCUUGUUGGUGCCUCGCCAGAGUUGUUGGUGAAGUCAGAUAUAAACGACAAAGUGAUCACUAGACCAAUUGCUGGAACUAUUACACGUGGAAAAACAACCGAGGAGGAUGACAAGUUUGCUUCUCAGCUCAAGUCAUCACUUAAGGAUAGAGCAGAACACGUGAUGUUGGUUGAUCUUGCCAGAAACGAUGUGAACCGUGUUUGUGAUCCAAAGACAACCAGCGUGGAUAAGUUGCUCACGAUUGAGCGUUUCUCCCACGUGAUGCAUUUGGUUUCGGAAGUUAGUGGUACUUUGCGUCCAGGAAAAACAAGAUUUGAUGCCUUCAGAUCAAUUUUCCCAGCUGGUACUGUUUCCGGUGCUCCAAAGGUGAGAGCUAUGCAGCUUAUCGGUGAGUUGGAGAAGGAGAAAAGAGGUGUUUAUGCUGGUGCUGUGGGUCACUGGUCUUAUGAUGGAAAAUCUAUGGAUACUUGUAUUGCACUUAGAACAAUGGUUGUGAAAGAUGGUGUUGCAUAUUUGCAAGCAGGAGGUGGUAUAGUUUACGAUUCAGACCCUCACGACGAAUACAUAGAGACCAUGAACAAGAUGAUGGCCAAUAAUAGCACCAUCGUUGAGGCUGAGAACAUCUGGACAAGAAGAUUGAAGAAUAACAGCAAUGAGAGUGAUGACGAGAAGGAAAACUGA